UUAACGGCAAAAUGUUGCUGUAGUAGUGGACAGCUGAUAAGUAAAGUAACAAAAAAAAAAAUACAAUAAUAUAAUAAUAAUAUUCAAUAAUACUAUUAUAUCGGCAAUUUAAUAACAAGACAUUGAAUAAUAUUAUAAACAUAACCAGAACCAGAGGUGAAGUCCGCCUGAGUGGAGGGAGAGAGUACAAACAUUAAGAGCAGGACAGGAAAACAUCAAGUACCAACAAAAUGCACAGACAAACACAAUCUGCAUCAUCGAUGCCAUUGCUGAUAAUUGCAAUGUCAGCCCUAUGCCUUGGUCUGGACAUAUCCAAAGCCAGCGCUGAGGUCAGUGCAAAUGGCAACAAUCGAGUAGGCUCGAAACAAAUGCUCAAGUUGGAGGAAAGGAACGGCUUCAUGGGUCUGCCGGAGCCGCACACACGAGAGCAAAGCGAACUAUUACGCGACUUGCAUUUUGUCCCGCCUCACCUUGACUUUGGUCUCUGGUCUGUGGGUCAGGCACGGACCCAGACAGUUACGCUUAUCAAUCAGCAUAUGAAUCGCACAGUUCAGUUGAAUUCCGUUGCCGGACCAAGUCCGGAUUUCUAUAGUAGUUUCUUUGGAACGCGCGAAGUGCCGCCGCAGGGAAAUACAACAUUUAGUGUGGUCUUCUUACCUAGACAAUUAGGUGCCAUAUCGUCUGAUCUGCUUAUACAAACUUCAUUCGGUCGAGCGGAAUUCGCCGUCAGAGGGGAGGGCAGUGAGUGUCCUUAUCGCUUGAAGCCUCUGGUGGGCAUUAAGGCGCCGAUGAAUGCAACCUUGACUCCAGAAAUUCACAUGUAUAAUCCUCACGAGCGUCCUUUGCAGAUAUUAGAGGUCUACAGCAGUGGCGGUGAAUUUCAAUUAGAACUCCCCAGUGGCGUCGCUGAAGGUCCUCAAAACUUGUGGGAAAUUCCUCCACAUACACUAAAACCAGUAAUUCGAAUAUCAUUUCAUGGACGAACUGCUGGCAAGCACAGCGCCUAUAUACGCAUCAAAAUAGCGGAGCAGGAUAUGGAGCAAGAGAACAUUUUGGUUAUUCCCGUGGAAUUUGAGAUAUUAGCACGACAUGCAGCGUAUGCACGAAACCCUUUGGCAGACUUUGGUCGUCUGGCCACGCAGAGUGGCUCGGAGGCUUUAGUCUUUAAACUAGACAUGCAGAAUGAGCAUGUUGAUCCUUCAAAGCGUUUACUAAUUGGUAGCUAUCUAAGAGAUAUACCAGGUCUCACGUUCGAUGCGAAUAUAUCGAGCAUUGUUCUCGAUCCCAAGUUGUUCGACAAGAGCGAAACGAUCAAUGAUCUGUUAAUCCUUAAAGAAGAAAGAGACGAGGAUCAAAGAGAAUUUACUGUCCUAGUGAGAGCAGAGAUUUUCAAAGGCGGCUUAGGCUAUGAUGGAAAUAUCACACAAUUCGUGACGAAUCACUUGAUAGCAGACAAAGAUCUUGAUGAGGAUAUGCUGGAAUCAACGUUAAUGAAACGAAAACGCUCUUUAUUGGUGCGAAAUGACUUUGCCCAUCCUCUGGUGAUCUUCAAUGUGAGCCUAACCAAGGCCAUAGAUGAAAGCCUUUUAGAUGUAGCCAUACUAAGCGAUUCUCUGCCUAUAUUACUUCAACCUGGCGAGUCUGUAGAGUUGGUAAAACUUAAUUUAAUCAAUAACGAAGUAACUUUAAAAUCUUCCUUACACAUUGAUACUAACGUAUCAAGUUUUCACAUACCUUUGGUGGCUUGUAGUGGUCGGCUGAAGGUCUCAACGCAAGCGUUUGAAUUAAGUCGCCAGCAUCUUAUCGAGCAGGAUUCAAUCUUGCAGCUCGACUUGGGCACUGUGCCAUUUGCUGAAAUGUCGCGCAAUGGCUAUGUAAUCCUACGUAACGAUAAUCCAUUGCCAAUUAAGUUUCCAAAUUGGCAUUUUAGUCCACCGAAAAAUGUCUCAUUCAAGAGCAGUUUCGGUUGCAUUCGAGCAGCUGACCAGAUCGAGGGUCUGUUGUAUGGAAACAGCACAAAACUGCAAUACUGCAGCCAGCUUAAUGAGGGUGAUAUUGUCAUCUUUGUGGUAUCCAUACAAACCUUUGUGCCAGAUCCAAGUUCCGUCGUUCUCAAGAUAUGGACACCUCACGAAGUGAUAAGGAUUGAGGUAAAAUUCCGGGCCCUGGUGGGUCAAUUGGACAUUGAGCAGGAGCAGUUGGACUUUAAGUCGUGUUUUCCUGGCAAAGUGUGCUCAUCGGUCUUGAGUAUACGUUCCAGUUUCACCCACAAUGUGCAUCUGCAGAGCAUUUCGUUCACCCGUCCCGGUUUGCGUUUCAAGGAUUUCAAUGGCAAAGGAUCAACAAUAGCGGCUCAAACGCUGACCAAAGUGGGACGUAUAUAUUUCGAGCCUUCGACUAUGUGUGGCCAACAGUGUUAUCUUAAAAAAUCCUCCAAUGCAGAGGCCAUAUUUCCCACUAUAGUGGGUGGACCAACGGCCCUGGGAAACAACAACAAUAAUCUUUUGUACGAUGGCGUGGAGCUACGACAACGUGUCGAGAUCUUUCGACAAUUUAAACGUCAACUUCAGGCCAUAUCGCUGACCCUGCACAGCGAGGAAUUGCCGCCGCUGGAAUUGGAUUUUGGUAUACCAUUAGAGUGGCCCAAAUUGGUACAAUUUCAGCCCAUCCCCCCCACGCCAGCCAUUGAGGUAAUGCAAGUUCAGCGUCAAUGGAUAACAUUAAAUAAUCCCAGCAAGCAUCCUCUUCUAUUGGACUACUUCCUAUCGGAUCCCACUUAUGCGAGACGCACACAAUUAUCGCUGCCCCACGAGGUUAUCGAUGUAAGCUCCGCCAGUUGUUAUCUAACCGAUCGUGAUGUCUUCUCGUUGCCAGAGGCACCGUUCGGGUCACCCCUACUCUUGCCUGGUAGCGCUAGCCUAACUAUACCCAUACAGUUUAGUUCCAAGACGGCGGAUAAAUUUUGUACUCUCCUCCAUGUGCGAAAUAAUCUGACUCUAUAUGAAGCGGUGUGGUUGCAAGCUCGUGCUGUUCAAUCACAGUUUCGUUUUGGAAAUCGUCGACCGGGAUCGACUACGCCGCUGCUCUUCGAAAUGACUGGCGAACAUUUCAAAGAUUGUCGUUCCAAUUCGUUUCCCACGUCGUUGGUUACUCGCAGUUUUACGGCUCGCAAUUCGGGAGUGGUUCCCAUGCGGAUCGAUGGCUUUAUGAUUGGCAAACAAUCGUGUGAGGAUUAUGGCUUUAAGGUUUUGGACUGCCAGAGCUUUGAGCUUGGUGAGAAUGAAUCGCGUAAGAUAGAAAUUGCUUUUAGUCCGGAUUUUAGCACAUCUCGAGUUCAGCGUACGUUAACAUUGCUGACGAAUCUCACGUAUAAUAUAAAUUAUAUAUUGAUGGCGCAAAUCCCUGCAGAAAACGUGGAAGCGUGUGCUGCCCAACUUCCGCGACCGUCGUGGGAGAUUCCUUUAAGAAAUGCAGCUCUCAUUGUCCUCUUGGCCAGUUUUUGUAUGGUCCUCCUUGCGGCCAUUUUUGAUGCGCGGGCUAUAGUAGCCCAGCAGAAUGCUCAUGAUGCAGCCCGAUAUAGGGGGCCUGUGCAGCCGACCUUUAAUCUAAGGAAUAUAGUCAAGAUGCAGGCCGAGGAGUUACUAGUCAAAGCAGAGCAAGAGCAACAACAACAACAGCAGCAGCAGCAACAAAAGAUAAAAAAUGGUCAAAAGGAAUUCCGCAAACGAAGUGCCAUAGCAUCAGUUGGAACAGGAGUGAGCACGGUGGGCACGGCACCCCGUAAACCCAAAUCAUGGUCCACAUGGAGCAUGGACAUAAAUGCUUUUAGCAAACAUCUACAGAAAACCAAAGCAAAGCCAACUGUUACAACAGUCUCCCCUCCUCCAGUGCAAGAAGUGCAGAAAACCAAAACCAAGUCUCUAACGCCAUCGCCACCGCCUGUCGUCACUCCCAAUCUGAAUGUGCGCCCCCAAAAGAAAAGUAAACCAACUCAAGUCAAUCAAAUUCCACCUGCGAGCAAGCCAAAGGUAGACAUUCUUCCAGUGAUCCCUGCAAUUGUAAAUCCCCCGCAGCCAGAAAACAUAUCACCCAAGCCCGUGCCAAUAAACAAUGAACGGGUACUUAAGGAACAAAAUGGUUCAUCCGUCAAGAAACUUGGCAAGACUCCAGGACGAGAGCGUGAAAGAAAACAGAAACUUUUGCCACAAAAUGGCAAUGGAGUGGCUUCAACUGGAUUAGGAAAGCUGGAUAAAAAAGCGGAACGUAAGCAACGACAAAAACAAUUGAACUUUGGCACGACAGCAACAAAUAACUCAUCGCCACCAGCUUCACCCGAUGCCAUCAAGUGCAUUACCUCGCCAUGGGAGACCAGCAGUCGUGUAUCCUUCCGCGAUGUCCUGCAGACAAAUGCAACACUAACAAACUUGGACAAUGGCAAUCAAUGGAGUCCGCCAUUAUUGACAAGUGAAUUGGGUCCGAUUGGAGAUAAUCGCAAGUCUGGCACACCACCCGAUAUGUCACCGUUGGUGACUAACGUAUCGUCCAUGUGGGAGCCCUUGGAAGCGUCCUCUAGUAAUUCACUAUUUGCCAACAUGGACAGAGAAUUGCCAGCACAAGUUGUAAAUGAUCUUUACGAACGAAGCGAACACGAACGGAAAAUCGAACGAGAGCAGCAGUCACGAAGCUGGGAACGCAGCGAGUUGAUUAUGAAACAACAAAUGCUUCUUAAGCAAUUGGAGUUAGAACAGCAAGAGAAACUAUUACUUUUGGCCACCAUGGAGCAGCAGCAGCAGCAACAACAACAGCAGCAGCAUCAGCAGAGGGAACAGCAGCAGCAGCAGCCAAAUUGGACAACAUCCUGGUCACCAUUGGCUUAUGCUAAUUGGACAAAUCCAGCCAAUAGCUCACCCAGCCAUUCGUCCAGUGUGGGACCCAUACGACCACCACCUGGCCUGGAAUCCAAUUUAUAUAAUCGUCAUUCGCCAAUAAAUUCGACUGUCCAACCAACGCACAACGCAAUGGCACCCAAUGGAGUGCCCACACAAUAUGAUCCAUUCACUUCGCCAAGCUCAAUUUGGUCCGACAAUUGGCGUCAGUCGUCACAGCUCAAUAAUAACAAUAACAUGAACUAAAAAGAAAAACGAAGGAAUAAAUGAAUGGAUCUGGUUGAAAAGGAAUAAUAAGCUCACAGAUCAAAUAAUAAUUGCAGCAAAACCAAAUGAAAUUCUUAAUCUAUAUAAUAUAGAAUCACUAUCAAAACGCAAAUCUUAGGCUACGCUACAAUGAUCUUUUUUCAUCUGACUUUUGACUAAUAUUUG